CUUUGCUAUUCCAGCAGACCACAAGCAGUAACAAACAAUUACAGAUGUAGAGGGUACAGGGGGUGGUGAAUGAGAGGAGUCCUCGGCUGCCUGGAUCAAGAUGUGCAUCAUUUCACAGCUGCCAGACGGGCCUUUCGCCGAAGAACAACAACGCUGGCUCAUCUUUCUCUCUUUCGACUGGAAAGUCAACCAUCCUUCCAACCUCGGACAUACUGCAGCCCACAAAUUUGCAAUCCUCCAUAAAUCAGAUACUUGAUUGAAUUUGGAUCAGCUUUUUCUAGAUCCCCAAGUUGAUCAUGUCAGGUCAUCACCAUCAUCACGAUCAUGGCGGCCAUUGCCACGGAGAAGAUGGCCAUGAUCACUCCAACGACAUCACCCCUGCCAUCCAAUCCCUCCUCUACUCCCAAAUCCAAUUUGAUGCGAUCACUACAUUGAACGGUAGGCAACCCGCGAGGGAACCCCUUCUGCAUGUGGUGCUGUACCUGCUAACUGGGGUCCUACCUGCAGAGGCCAGUCCCAAGUCUGGCGCCGCGAUUGUGAAAAAGACAUGGUCUGAAAGACUGAACGAUGAACCGGAGCUGGAAAGCGACGCGGAUGAACAGUUGCUGAUGUAUAUUCCAUUCACCGGCCAAGUCAAAGUCCACUCCCUCCUCAUCUACACUGCCCCCUCCCCAUCCGCCCCGAAGACCCUAAAGCUAUUCAAGAACCGCGACGACCUAGACUUCGGAACAGCCUCGGACCUAAAGCCCACGCAGACAGUCGAAAUACCCCAACCUGUGCCGGGUGCAGAUGUUUUCGAGUUGCCGCUGAACCGGGCACAUUGGAACGCGACUACUUCCAUCACUCUCUUCUUCGAGGAUAAUUGGAGCGAUGGGGAAGAAGACGUCACCAAGGUCGGGUAUAUUGGUUUCAAGGGACAGUUCAUGGCAUUGAAUAGGGAGCCGAUCAGUUUCUUGUAUGAGGCGGCUGCGAACCCAGGUGAUCAUGUUGCUAUUCAGGGUGUCAAUGGAGUGGGGAGCAGGAUUCUGUGAGCGGAGGUGAUAAGGGAUAGGAUUUCAGUGUUUGUUCGAACAUGGAUGGUCAAAUGCUGGCCUGGGAUGUACGAGGUCUGUGAGAGACUGAAAUGGAUGAUCAGAAACUACGGGUACUGCCUUGGGUAUUGAGCUGGGCUCUAUCAAGAU